GCUAUCUUUCAUCCACAGCAGUGUGGCAACCACCGCGUGAUUGGAUUAAGUUUUGCCAUGGAUUUUUGCACAACGUGUAAUCCAGCGUUAACUACUAAAUUGAAGUCCAUUAUCAGUUAAAUAUAGCUUAAUUUCAAGACAACCUUGGAUAUUUCCACAUCACUGAACUUUUAUUAGGUUUGGAAAACUGCACGUAACGUAAACAAUGGCUCAGUGGACCUCCACCGGCUUCAUUCAACGACGCGCGAGUUAAUUAGAAGCAGAUAUGGUAAAUACAAACCCUGUAGCCCUUUUUCAAGGAGAAAUCUUACGAAAGAAACUGAAGAAAAAUACGUGGAAAGAGUACAGAGUGGUCAUUCAGGAAGAUAAGCUUGUGUUUAUGAGCGAGAAUGAGAAGAAAAUUGCGGGAGUCAUAACCUUGACAGAAGAUACGACAUGUGAGGUGUUGGAGAGAAAAAAAUCGUCUCAAGAGAGCGCAGACUGCACGCACGCAAAUAAGAUUUCUAGACACAAGCGAGGUUUCGAUGACAGCCCCUGUAAAUUUAAAUUGUAUGCUAAGAGAGGGGUUCAUCUGCUUAAAACAGACUGUAAAUCAAGUUGUGAUAAGUGGAUUGAUGCAAUUGCUCGUGUUGUUCAGAGUCUGUGGAUCAAUUCCCCAAAUGGCCACUCGUCGAUAACAGUUCGAAGACACCGCUUUAUGAACUGGCUACAACGAGACUACCGUGUAACAAACAGGAAUGGAUUUUCGUACAAUAAUUUAUUAGAAGAAGAAAUCUUCGAAGAGCAUCCGGAUGAAAGAAAAAGAAAUACUAUCACAAAGAAUGGAACCCAACCAAUACUGAUAAAUUUUACAUCUACAAAAAGAAAAUUUGUAAUUUGGAGAAAUAUUUCGGGUCGCGUCGUUUCGAGAUACAAAGCCGGAAACUACGGUGUUUUGGUUGAAGACAUAACAGACUAAUAGUGCUUCUCUACAACUUAAUUGAAACGAAAAAAUGCAAAAGCCAGUUAUAGGCCUCAUGUAUUACUAAUUAUGACUUCCGGAGCAAGGUUUCAUUUCAGUUGGCCCGCAUAACUAAGCUCAAGUUUCUCAGAAAGCAAAACAACUUCAUUCUAUUUUUAUUGUGCCCUUUUAUUAUGUACUUUUUAUAAAAUACAUUGAAUAAACAUAAUAGCCGCAUUAUCCAGUAUGAUUUAAAAGGUUGCUGGAAGUAUUAUGUUGCUUUGUCAAAAGAUUAGCAUGCUAUUUUGGUGGAAGAGCAAUAUAGACAAAAUUGCAUUUUACACUUUUAAACUAGCCAUAUGUGAUGUAAAGUCAUUUGAGAAAAUUCUUUCUUCCUGGGAUGUACGUAAUAAAUAAUUAACUAUCGAUUUUAUUUCAAGUUUUAAAGUCAUGUUGCUUUUGCUUAUCAUUUAUAAUUUAUGAAAAUAUAAUAUGAAUUACAUUAAAACAUCCUUUGACUUCUC